AUGUAUAUGGUACGGAGAGUUUGCAAGACCAAGCCAGGCCAGGCCUGGGCAGUGGCCGGUUAUCUGGCCAAGAUUUGUGAGGCUUAUGAAGAAAAUGGCCGCGAGAAGGCCCGCAUCUACAUUGAGGGACAGGGGUUGCCUGGCACACCCAACCGGGUCUAUGCCGAGUGGGUCCAGGACUCAAUUGAGCCUAACUGGCCUCAGAACAUUCCUCAGGCUGUCAGGGACUUCAACCCCAAGCUGCAGGAGUUACUGGACGAAUACCUGCUGGAAAUCUUCGAAGUUGCCACUCCGGAGAAACUGGUGCAGCGGGGCGUUGCGCAGUAA